AGGAGGGCGGAGCAGCUCACUACACAUGUCUGGCUGCUCUUAUCAACUUAUCAUAUAAGGAAAGGAAAGUGAUUGAUUCGGAUCCUAACACCACAGAAUCUGGAGGAAGAGAAACAAAGAAGCAUUAACGCUGAUCUGUACAGCGAAUACGGCCCUCGCAAGUAAGCAGGCUUACUCGUCCUGCUGCAAUCUGACAGCUCACUGCAGGACCGGAGAGAAGACAGCAUCAAAAACCACGUUUGCUGCUAGAAAAGGAGGAAAGAGAAGAUUUUCAUUGAUGGACCUUAAGCCAUGGCAGCAGAGCACUGCAUCUGAGAGGACAGCUUAGGACUCGGGAGUCUUAUGUGCCCUGAAGUUUGCUAAGCUGGUGGUUUAUUACCAAAAGAAAAGAAAGAAUGUGGCAGAUUGUUUUCUUUACUUUGAGCUGUGAUCUUGUCUUAGCCGCAGCCUAUAACAACUUUCGGAAAAGCAUGGACAGCAUAGGGAAGAGACAGUAUCAGGUUCAGCACGGCUCUUGCAGCUACACUUUCCUCCUGCCCGAGACAGACAACUGCCGCUCUUCUUCCAGCUCCUACGUCCCGAAUGCUGUGCAGAGGGACGCGCCGCCAGACUAUGACGACUCUGUGCAGAGACUGCAAGUGCUGGAGAACAUCAUGGAGAACAACACGCAGUGGCUAAUGAAGCUUGAGAAUUAUAUCCAGGACAACAUGAAGAAAGAAAUGGUCGAGAUGCAACAGAAUGCAGUACAGAACCAGACGGCUGUGAUGAUAGAAAUAGGAACCAACCUACUAAACCAAACCGCAGAGCAAACAAGAAAGUUAACUGAUGUUGAAGCCCAAGUAUUAAAUCAGACAACAAGACUUGAACUUCAGCUUCUGGAACAUUCUCUUUCUACAAACAAAUUGGAAAAACAGAUUUUGGAUCAGACCAGUGAAAUAAACAAAUUGCAAGAUAAGAACAGUUUCCUGGAAAAGAAAGUACUAGAUAUGGAAGACAAGCACAUAGUUCAACUUCGGUCAAUAAAAGAAGAGAAAGACCAGCUCCAGGUGUUAGUAUCCAAGCAAAAUUCCAUCAUUGAGGAACUAGAGAAACAAUUAGUGACUGCGACUGUGAAUAAUUCAGUCCUCCAAAAGCAGCAACAUGAUCUGAUGGAGACAGUUCAUAAUUUAUUGACUAUGAUAUCGACACCCAACUCAGCUAAGAACUCCUUUGCUGCUAAGGAGGAACAGAUCAUCUUCAGAGACUGUGCGGAAGCAUUCAAAUCAGGACUAACGACCAAUGGCAUCUACACGCUAACGUUCCCUAAUUCCACGGAGGAGAUAAAGGCUUACUGUGACAUGGAAACUGGUGGAGGCGGGUGGACCAUUAUCCAGCGACGUGAAGAUGGCAGUGUUGAUUUUCAGAGGACGUGGAAAGAAUAUAAAGCGGGAUUUGGGAACCCUUCGGGCGAAUACUGGCUGGGAAAUGAGUUUGUUUCACAAGUGACUAAUCAGCAACGCUACGUGCUUAAAAUACACCUUAAAGACUGGGAAGGGAACGAGGCUUAUUCACUGUACGAACACUUCUAUCUCUCAAGUGAAGAAUUCAAUUACAGGAUUCACCUUAAAGGACUUACAGGGACAGCCGGCAAAAUAAGCAGCAUAAGCCAACCAGGAAAUGAUUUUAGCACAAAGGACGCAGACAACGACAAAUGUAUUUGCAAAUGUUCACAAAUGCUCACAGGAGGCUGGUGGUUUGAUGCAUGUGGUCCCUCCAACUUGAACGGAAUGUACUACCCACAGAGGCAGAACACAAAUAAAUUCAACGGGAUUAAGUGGUACUAUUGGAAAGGAUCGGGCUACUCGCUCAAGGCCACAACCAUGAUGAUCCGACCAGCAGAUUUCUAAAUGCCACACACACCUGAGGAACGCUGUAUUGUACUGUCUUCAAAGACUUAACCCCAAAGCUCUGAAAGACACAGCUGCGUACUGUCUCCUCGUCCACCUCAGACAGACAGCAUGCUCUCGGGUGCGGAAGGAAUCCGUGGGCCCAAGUUAGAGCCCGUGAACUUCAUCACUUCAACCUGUACCACUCAGUGAACCAAAGCUCAACCCAGAACAAGCAACAACCUGGCGCUGUGACCUGGUGGAAUGCCUGGGCGAAGACACAGCUGAGCUUCCGGAUAACACUGACGAUUCACAGACUGUUGUCACAACCAAGAAUGUUAUGUGCGAGCUCAUCAGUAAAUAACUGGAAAACAGAACACUUACACUAUAUAGUAGAGAUAAUCUUGGAACUGCAUUCUUGUAAGCACUGUUUAUAGAUUGUGUAAAUAGUCAUAUGUGCUGAAUUCAUAAUCAGAAUUCACUAUCACAAUUAAAGGGAAGAAAAAAAUUCUCUAAGCCAUAAAUAUAUAUUAUAUAUUCAGGGAUUUUCUGAGAAGUGGUUAUCAGCAGUUUAAUAUUUGGAGAAGCAAAAACAUAGUUAACGCAUUUUUACUCCUCCUCUUAGGUGCUUUAAAUUUUCAUUUUGAAAACAGCAUUAUUUACAUAUGUGUCAACAGCUUAGUUUUAAGGGAACGCUCAAAUAUAUAUUUCAAGUUUAUAUGGUGAAAACGUCCAGGAUCUCUGAAAUUAUUAAUAGAGAUGUAUGCUCUUGUAGUUUAUAUGAAGAUUGUACUAUUUUUUUUCCUGCCUGGCUGUUAAAUAUGAAGGUAUUUUUAGUAAUUAAAUAUAACUUAUUAGGUGAGAUGACUGCAUUUAACUAUUAUGAUAAUAUUUACAAUUUUGUAAUUUGAUUCCCAAAAACUGAUUGUGCCUCAUGACAAGGAAAAUUUUGAUUUUUAAUGAUGAAGAAAAUUGCACAUUUAAUAUCAUGACAAAGAGGCUUUACUGUCUUUCAGUCACUGUUCUAAGAUAGAGGUCUUUUUUCUCUUCUAGUAAGAUGUAUUUUGGAGAACAAGGCUAUAAUUGGUGGUUGAGAAAGCCCUUCCAUUUAAGACACUUACAAAGCUGUACUUCUCAAGCUAGAUUCAGCUCUAAAGUUAUUUAAGGAAAAAAAUAAUUUGCAUUAGUAAGAUUUUUUUUUUAAUGUCCACCAGCAAACUUAAAAAAAAAAAGUGUUCUGGAGUGCAAAAACAAAAUCUGAUGUUUAUGGUAUAUUCGAAUGUUUACAGAAAAUUUUGAGAGCACGGAUUUAAGCUCAGGACCGCAAAAACUUAUACUUCUAGAGGGUUAACUCUGAAGCUUCACAGUACAAUUAAUGCUAACGAACAUUUGUGUAACGCUUUGUAAUUCUGAAGCAGUUUCUCAUAUAUUUGAUUUUGAGUCAGCUGCUAGGAAGCUUCCAGCCAGAUGUGCAACCAGCAUUUACCUCGUGUCUAUCAUCACCUUAGACUGUUCUGCUGCUAUUUUUUCCUUUAUUCCAAUUUUCUCACCUAAUUUACUUUAGCCUUACAUGCUCCCCCACCUCGACUUGGUUUUACAACACUCACUUGUUGCUACGUGUUUUGAGUCAGUUUAUGGACUCUGGAAGAGUCAGGUGCUCUGCCUUUCCCAUCAUGUUAUAAUAUCCUUAUAUAAUAUCCUUCCCAGUAUAUUAAGUGAGUAAAGAACCUCUCCAUCCUAGAACAGUUCCUCUUAUCACAUUUAAGAAGGCUUUAUAAAUUCAACAGAGGUAUCCCAGCUUUGGGUCAAGGUAAAAAACAUCCGAUAAUAAGAAAAUAUCACCGCUUCACAAGAAACAGUAAAUUUCUAUGAUAUCUCAAUGAUUGCAUGACAGAUACUGAGGCGGGGGGAGACAAUACAGGAAAAACUGGCAACAAUGUAACUUAUAUCACUUGCCCACAUAGGCAGGUAAAGUGAAUUUCAAAGGCAAACCUCACUGUGCUCUUCAGACUUCUAUCUACUCCCUUAUGACAGAAACUGGGGGGAUUUUGUGUUUUUAUUUUACACUUCAAUUCCUUACAUGCAUUUCAAAUGAACAAAAAGUCUUAAUGAGAGGAAUUUUGUCUCUUCUUAAGAAAAUAUUUAUAAAGUUGAAAGGAAAUCAAAAUAGUAAUAUUAAAAAUGAAAACAAAAAUAACCCAACAACUUAGCUAUGUACAGUGGUGAGAGGUCAGACUCCAACUUCUUGUUAUGGUAAAGUCACAGAGCAUAAACAGCUAAAAAACAUGAAGACUGGUCACAGACAAAAAUCACUAUUGAUCUUUCAGGUAUUAAUCUUUUCAAAGAAUAAGCUGUCACAAACCAGUUAACAUUUUUAAAAAUGAAGCCAACUUCUGUCCAAUCCCACUUCCAACUAAACCUUAAAUUACCUACUUGAUUAUUGCUUAAUCUUUUAAAAAAUCAGAACCUGGAACUUUUCCAUUAAGCAUUUGAAAUACUUAAAAGUAAAAGAAAGUGGAGUUAAAGCUGAGUUUAGGAAAAACACCAAAAUAUAAAGACCACAUCAUAAUGCUAGCAGGCCACAAUUCUUAUACCUAUCAGCUGUAUCUCUAUUAACAGUCAAAGUAUUAUCUUUUAAAGCAGUAAGUGAGAUAUAAUACUACCUUCUCAAUAAGCUAUUCUUUCUUUUUUUUUAUUUUUGUCUUUCUCAAUCUUUCUGAGGACUUUUAUAAUUAAAAUUUUUUGAGACUGCAUUCCUCAUAACUUUUUGCAGAAUAUUCUCACAUUUGUUCUCACAAAUAGAUAAAAAGUGUCAAGUUCUAUAAAUAUAUCUCUUUAAUUAUGGGCAUAAUUGCUCUUGAUAUAAUAAAAACCUUAGUCUAUAUCUAUGCUUAUAGUAAUUUCCUGAGAAUAUCAAAUUAUAUUUAAUAUCAUAA